UGUUGCAUAGUCUUCUCAUCCAAUCCUGAUUUGCGAUCAUCUUGCGUACCUCAGACUCCCAACCCCACUUUCACUCAUAGAUGUAUCCUGGCUGGCAGGCCGGGCAGUAGCUAGCUUACUAGUUAGCUACUAUUCGACGACAGGCUUAACCAGUUUGUUUCGCGUCUAGGUAGUUUCUUACAGCUCCGUGCAGACACCUGGAUUUAGCUGCAAAAGCCAGCCGAUCACAGCAAAGCUAUCCUGGUCUACAAAUAAAGGUUGCUUAUAAAGCAAAAGUCUCACAGCCUGUCUGCAAAAUGGCGAGGCCUUCUAGGAAUAAAAGAGUUGUUGACUAUGCACAGUUCCAGGAGUCUGAUGAUGCAGAUGAGGAAUACAGAGAAGAAUCAGAGCUACCUGAAAAACCCUCUGUUAAACGCAGUGAUGAUUCUCGAGUCAAAGACCACAAGAAGGACUUAAGUGACGAUGACAAUGAUAAUGACUAUGGAGAGGAUGAGGAAGAAGAUGAUGAUGGAGGCGACAGUGAUUUUGAUGCUAAAGAGGCCAGCAGGGGGAGACAGGCGACAGCCAAACGGAAAAGGCCUGCAGAUGAUAGUGAUGAUGAUGGUAAGGUCGUGAGGAAGAAGGGCCGGCAGGUACGUCAGGCAGCCACUAAAGCUGCAUCCAAACAGAGAGAGAUUCUUCUUGGUGAUGGAGGAAGUGAGGAUGAAGAGGGGGAAGAAGAAGAGGAGGAAGAGGACAGUGACGUUUACACCGGGGAGGAUUCAGGCAGUGAUGAAGACUUCAUGGUAGAGGAUGACGAUGAUGACAGCGAUUAUGGGCGACCCAAACGGAAGAUCUCGAAAGUUAGCAGGAGAAGCAAAGACAAGAAAUCUCCUAAACCCAAGAUAAAGGCUUCAGCAACCCGAGGGCCGAAGAAGAAGAGAGGAAAACGCCAGACAAAGGUGAGGAGAGUUGUGAAGAAGGUCUCACCUAAAGAUGAAGAUGAAGAAAUUGAGAGCAACAAGGAGGAGGAGAAAGAGGACGAGAGUCAUGAGGACGACAAAAAAGAGUCUCCCGCCCCCAAGAAGACAAAGGACGACGACAGCGGCGCCGAAGGGGAGGAAAACAACGACAAUGGAGAAAAGGAAGAGAAGGAAAAUGAGAAAGAGGAAAAGGACGAUGUUUCUGAGGAAGAGGCUCCAUCAGGUGAAGACUAAGGUCUUUUACCUGUUGGUAAAUUUGUCUCUUUGUUUUUCUGAAUGAGGAGCAGUUGAAUUUGUUUCCCAUAAUAGUCAUGGGGAUGUUUUGGAUGUUUGUUAAUGUCUCUCAGCGUGUAAAUAUACCAUAUCUUUAAGAAAUCUGUAAAGUAUCAUCAGGCCGAUCCUACAAAUCUAUGUUUUAGCCUAAUCCCCAAACAGGGAUUUUCUUUAAUCUAAACGCGGUAUUUCGUAUUAAUAUUUCUCAGUGUUUCAGUAACAGCUUCGCAAAUUUUUUGCUGAAAUCCUUUUGUUACAGCUAUCCUUCGGUGAUUAACAAAGAAGGAAGAUUGUCGAAAUGACUCCCCAAAAAAUACAGAAUAUACUGUAGGCCUUUAUGCUUCACAAUGGGCACCUUAAAUAUUUUUUAAAAUGAAUUUGAAAGUAACUGAGUGCAUCUUCAGAUUUGGUUGAAUGCACAUGAUCUCAUCCCAGGUGCAUUGAUGGAUAAAUCCACACAAGGUUAUAAUAAACAUAUGCUUGUUGUUCUGCACUGGAUACUCGUGGCUUCAGUUCAGUCACGCCAUUUCCUUCUGCAUUGCUACAUAAACUGUAAGUUACAUACAUAGCUUUAGUAUGCUACUUUCUCCCACUUUCCGUGAUUCAGUCUAGUAAAACAGCUUUUUCCCGUCUGAGCAUUUGAACUAAGAUGAUUUUUCUAUGGCAUUGAAUCUCUUUCAUGGGUGGCAUGCUUUCAUGUGCGUGGUGCGUCAUAUUCAGGCAAAGUAUGCUGGUGAGACUUUGUCCUGUUUAAUGAUGUAACCUUUGAGAAUGAGUGAUGUCAGACUGAGCUAGUGAAAAUCUUAUUAUUGACCUCUGUGAUGCUUCAUGUGUGCAUUUUUUAAGAAUAUUUUGAUGCUUAUAGAUGCCUUUUUAAUGAGCGGUCUGUCAAGCCAUUAAAAUGGCAAAAUGACCUGAAUUCUGUGCACACUAUUCAUAGCUUUCUCUGCUUCUUUUGACAUUUUUAUUGCUUGUAUCGCCAUCCUAAUCUGUAGCCUUCAGUCUAUAUCAUAAUUUAUCCAAAUAAAUGUUUGUUUUAAUUACACUAUUCUGAUUUUUGUAAAAUUUGUUUUACAAGGAAAAAUAAAAAUGUAUCUUUAAAGAAAUAUA